GUCAUUAUUCCAGUGAUAUUGUGAUCGGUAGUGUCCAGUGCUGUGACGGGAUCGGUUUACCGUACGAGUGUGUUCGUGCUGGACAAAGUGUCCGCUGCCCCGACAAUACUGCUCAAAACACGCCCCCUGAUUAUCAAGAAAGAUAGCGUUUCGCUCCCCAUAUUUACUUAAAAUUGAGUAAACUUUAUGACUGGAGUGCAAUUUAACUUUAUUCCUGUAAUUAAACGUUAAAUUUAAAGGGGGUUAUUGAUUUGCCUUUUUCAAUCAAUGUCAACCGGAGGGUUUACUUUAUCGUUUGAGUAAAGCCCACUUUUUCCUCUUGUUCUUUUUGCAGGUUCGGUCGCUCGGAGGUCCCCACAGGCUCGGAGACUAGUCAUGACUAUCGCCAGUAGUAGGUGAAUCGGUAACUAGCAGCGGCGCGACCCCGUCUAGUGAUAGUGGGCGUGCGACUACGAGGAGCGACGACCUGUCCUCCCAUGGAGUUCGGGUGACUGACGUACGGAGUGACCCGCGGGAGUUAUGCCCCCAUGGACGAGUUGGAGGAACUUUUGGGGGGCGAAUCCGGGAGUUGGGGGGCAGUUAGGGGCGAAGAUGUGACAAGCACGACUCCCCCGCCUGCUCCAAACUCCCCGGGACAUCAGCACGCCAACAACAGCAUUAGAGCUCAAAUUGAAAUAAUCCCUUGCAAAGUCUGUGGGGACAAGAGCAGUGGGGUGCACUAUGGGGUGAUUACUUGUGAGGGCUGCAAAGGGUUCUUCCGACGCAGUCAAUCUUCUGUAGUCAACUAUCAGUGUCCGAGGAACAAGAACUGUAUAGUGGACAGGGUCAAUCGCAACAGGUGUCAAUAUUGCAGGCUACAAAAAUGUCUGCGAUUGGGCAUGUCCAGAGACGCUGUCAAGUUUGGGCGGAUGUCAAAGAAGCAACGUGAGAAGGUCGAGGAUGAGGUUCGAUAUCACAGGGCGGCACAACAACGUGCGCAGCAGGUUGAGAUUCCCGACACUACAGGGAUAACCAGCUACGGAGAUGGACAGCAAACGCCUUCAUCUACGGACAACCUCCACCUCUUCCCCAGCGCUGGGUAUGCUGGAGGGGGAGGAGUCUACAGCCCCGGCACGUACGGGAUCUACGAGGGACACGGAGGUGGUCAGAUACAAUAUCAAGACAUCAGUACCGACCCUUGUGGAGUGGACAGUACGACGUACUACCCUGAUACGAUGCACACCGUAGAUACGUCCAGCAUAAUGGGCACGACCAUCCCCACAGGUGGUGGUAAAUGUGUGACGACGGGGCCGGGGCACAUGGCACCGCGGGGGGCUGUAGGGACAGUCAAACUGGAAGCAGAGUCGGGACAAGGUGAACCUGCUUCCCCGCUCGUCACCUUUGUAGAUAGCACCACAUCUCGUCAGAUGGAAGAAUCGUCUUUACCUCAUCCUGCACAGAUCACAGAGUUACUAAGCAAGACUAUAGCAGAUGCUCACGCCAGAACAUGUCUCUACUCAGUAGAACACAUUCACACUAUGUUCCGUAAGCCUCAAGACCUCUCCAAAGUAAUGUACUACAAAGAUAUGUCACAUGAACAACUGUGGUUGGAGUGUGCACAAAAACUGACGACAGUCAUACAGCAAAUCAUUGAGUUUGCUAAGAUGGUUCCUGGUUUCAUGAAACUAACACAAGACGAUCAAAUCGUUCUUUUGAAAGCAGGGAGCUUUGAAUUAGCGAUUCUCAGAAUGAGUCGUUACUACGAACUUAGCCAAAACUGUGUGCUGUACACGGACACGCUGCUGCCACAAGAGGCGUUCUACACCAACGAUCCCAACGAGCAGAAACUUGUGGCUCUGGCGUUUGAAGUUGCGAGGGGAGUGGCCGAGCUGAAGCUGACUGAGACAGAACUUGCCUUGUAUUCUGCGUGUGUUCUGCUCUCACCAGAUCGGCCGGGUCUAAAAGGCCUGGGUGAAAUAGCAAGACUGGGUCAGGCCUGUUUACGAGCUUUACGGAUGGAACUUGAGCGCAACCAUACGAUGCCCAUCAAAGGGGACGUUACUGUGUGUGAUGCUCUUCUCAACAAAAUACCUACGCUUAGAGAACUCAGUAUGUUACAUAUGGAAGCGCUUGCAAAAUUCAAAAGAUCGACGCCUCAUCUGGAAUUCCCUGCACUGCACAAAGAACUCUUCUCGGUGGAUAGCUGAGCAACGUGUAUCAUCGAUAGUCAGAUGAUGAGCAGCAUGCUUAGCAGUCAUUCCCAACUGAUCCUGCAAGCACUGGACUGUGUUUAUCAACAGCAUUAGAUGUGUGUUAAUAGACUGGACGACAGAAAAUGUUAUUCAAUGACUUAAAAAGCAGUGCAACGAGUGUUUUUAAACACCAUGACAACGCUAAAAUUAAGUUUUUUAUAUUAGCUAUAAUUUAAUCGUUAUUCUUAUUGUAGUAAUAUUUGAAUGGAUGUCGGGAAUGGGUUCUUACUAACACAUCUUGUUUUAAAAACAAGAGAAACUAGGAAUCACAAACCCUUUAAGGUUAUGUGAUAGCUAAACUAGACAUUUUGUAAAAUAUUAGUAUAUAGUUCUGUUAUAACUAGGGACAGAGCUGAGCUAAUUUUCCUUCCAGUAUAGUUUAUUGAAUGUUGUUAUUUUAUGAUUUUUGCACCGACAAGGCGAGGAGGCAGUUUGGUGAUUUCCGGUGAAUCAAAACUCGCGGGAACGUUCUUCCGAGUGUUCGGUCGCUGGGUGUCUUGUUUUAUAAUUUUGUAAAUAUUACCUUAUUUGAAAAGAAAGUUUAAUGAUUGUUACGAUAUAUUUACCUAUCGAACUUUGUUUGUUGAGAUAUACUAUUGUUGAUAUUUUGGUAUUUAACGGAAACCGAACAAAAGUGUUCUCGCAGUUGUUGUUGGAUACGCGUGUGCGCGUAUGAUAGGUGGGUAUAUUUGGAAAUAUCUGUGAUGUUGUUACAUUUGUUAAACUGGUUCGAAGUAUUACCUCAGCUCAUUAGUGUCUCCCACUACAAACAGUUCAGAUCAUCUAGAAUAGUUUGAUAUCGACACGGAUUUUGAAAAUAAUUAUUCAUUCGAUUUUUUAAAUGAUACCUUUUAAACUCGUUGUGUUUUAAUAAUUAAUGUCGGGUGAGUAAUCGGAGGGAUUUUGCCUCUAAGGCACUUACAUUACUUUUUAUCUACAUCGGCCCAUUGUUUUAACUUUAAAUAUUUUGGUCCUCAGGCCUUUUUGAGUUGGUACAUUUAUAUUUUGAGUCAUUGAGACAAAAAUUCUGUUGAAAUUUGUAAUCCUUUUAAGUUUUAUUCUAAUUUUCAUCGAACAUAAAAAAUAUAUCUAAUGUAAACUAGUUAGUAAAUUACUUAAGAGAUAAUUUUUUAUUGGGACGGGUUAGUUGUGUGUGAAUCCGUCUGUAUAAGUGCUUGGCAGAAAUUCUUUUGAUAAUAGUGCCGUAUGAUGUGAUAAAUACUAAACAUAAGAGAACUUUUUUAUUUUUUUAUGUAUAUAUAUCCUUACAAAACAGAGGGACAGUUGGCGUUUCACGAGACCUUGCCUGACUGCCAUUGCUUAGUAGUAAAUACCAGUGGUAUUCUGGUAUGAGUGGGAGCUUGACUUAUACUGUAAUGAUUGAUAAAUGUUCACUUUCACUGUUUAACCUGACCACUGACUGAAUACGAGACUUUUAAGAUGAAAUAUUAUUACAAAAAUAUAUUACCUCUAGGCAAUGAAUAAGUUGCAUUUCCUCACAUAAAUAUAAAAUUUAGUUAGCAAACCUUUAUUAAAUUAGUUAACUUUAUUUUAAAAUAAUGAAAAAUAUUGUCGGUUUUAUUAAGUUAAUAGACUUAUACUUUAUCAACUUUUAGUUUAAUAGAAUCAAAAUAUUCUAUGAUAGUGUGAAUAAAGUAAUAAAAAUGAAUUAAAACAGUAAAACAAUUCAUUGGUUAUGAAAAUUAAGCUUUAUAGUAUGUAUAAGCUGUAUUAUAUCAGAAAUCAUAAGACUGUAUAUAAAAUGCCUUAUAUAACACUUUUUAAAUAUAGAGAUAUCUUUUGGAUAUAUAACCCUAAUUCAACACCGACACAGUUAUUUAAAGUUGGACUUUGCUUUUUUUAUUAAAAAAUAAAUUCAGUUAAUAGUACUAUAUAUGAAUACUUUUUCAAUCUUUUACUAACUAGAGUUUGCCUCUGGAAUGGGAGAGUGAUAAAUUAAACUUUAAUAGUUAAUUCCAGUUCAAAUUGUGCAUGUUAUUAUGGAGAGAACAAUUUAUGUGAGGAAAUAAAUGCUUAAGAUGCAAUUAAAAUCCAUUUGUUUGAAUUUUAAAACAUUCUUUCAACAUUGUCUUAUUUUCAUUUUAACCAACUUAAACGGAAAUCAACUUUAGUUGUUAUAUAUUGCAAUAUGAUCUAUACGUUAACUAUUUCAAAUCAGUGUUGUUUUUGUUUUUUUUUUAUGAACUAUUUGUUUAUUGCGUAAAGGGAAAAUAUUGUAUCGCAAAUGCCUGACCGUUGAAAUGCUUUGGGAAAUUUACUGGUGAUUCAAUUGUUACAACAAAAGUUUGAUAGAUAGAAAUAGUGUGUUAGAUAGGAUUAAGUGACCUCUUGGUGUAUUGACGUAUUGUGAUGUGAAUAAGACAACAGGUGCCUCUGAAAUUGUUGGUUUCAGCUUUUUAAAGCUGUAUACUACUAUACAAGUAUUGUUUUUACACUGUGUUAUAAAUUUAUUAAUAAUCACAUUGUGCAAUGCAUCUAUUUAAAAUUUUUACUGUCAAUGUAACAAAAUUGUACUCAAUGCUAUAUGCUGUUUCAUGUCAUUCCUUCUCAAUUGUACUCCAACACGAGUUGUGUAAGUAGACUUAUUUAUACACAUCCGCUUCUAAAGAUAUCGAACAAACUGCGGUUCUUGUAUGUAGUAAAAUAAAUAUUAUAGAGUAAUGUUUUUUGUUUAUAUUUACACUACGCUUUUUGUACUUACAUUUCACUGCCAUGUGAGUAUUUUUAUUGACAGAAAGAGUUUCAGAUGAGUAUAGAGUGCUCCGACUGUCCGUUACUCAUUAUUUGUAUCUCAUGGGUAAUACAGUAUAUUUUUGUGCGUUGUUUGCGAUGUGGAACUGAAUGAAAAUUUUUGUUUUGGAAGGAUGUAGAGUUAAGAGUUGAGUUUGAUAUUGGAGAGUGAUAUAACGUAACCAUGUGAUGCGACAAUAGCCUGGGGUCAAGCUCCUAGCAAGUGUCUUAUGUGCAGGCAAUGUCUUCUGAAACUAUCCUACUCUAUCGUAUUGUUAACCGAUCUUGAAUGUUAGAUCAGUGAUCACGCUCUGUACUGGUAGUGCUAUAAAUACGAGCUGAUAAUUCACCCACCACCGUGUCGGAUUUAUUAUUUUUAUAUGAGCUGGAAUCAUAUGUUAAAAUUUAUUGUACAUUGAGAAAAUGUUUCUGGAUAAUGUUUUUUGAAGUUUGUAACGAACGAUUGUCAUAGUUUAUCGAAGAAACUGGGUUUAGCUUUAUAUCUACUAUAAUUUUAUAUCAGAUUAAUAUCUGGCUCAGUUCUUAAAUGUAUGUUCUGUAAAUAUUUUUGUAUAUAUUUUGCAUAAACAAAAUUGGUUUUUGUCCCAGGUUCAAAUCGAUUGUUAACAGAAGAAUGUGUUAUAUAAGUUCAAUAAAUAUGUUUAUUGGGUCCAUUCAGAAGUACAAUUAUGUUAUUUCA